ACGCUGCAGGUGGCCCCUUCUGUCCUUGGUUCCAAGCGUUGGGCGAGUUGGGUUUCUCUCCAGGUCUCUCUAGGAGUUACAACGCCUGUUUCGGUCUGGGUGCGUGGUCUCCUUCUGCUCGUCUCUCCCUCUGUGCCUCCCGUCUCAUCCCACUUCCCCCGCCUGCGUCUCCUCGCCUCGCCCUCAUCCGCUCGCCCGCCAUUGUCGCUCCUCGUCGCUCGCCGUUCUCGGUCCUCGCCUGCUCGUCUCGCCCUCCUCCGCUUGUUUCCGUCAUGGCUCCUCGCACUGCUGCUGUUGCGUUUGGCUAGGGGCUGCUGCGUCUGGUUUGCUCUCCGCUUGUGCGUCUAUUUAAUCCUCCUCUGUGAGGUCCUCCUUUCCGACGUCUGCCUGCCCGAUCAACUGAUCUCCUCGCUCCUGGUUCGUGGAAGGCCUGCUGCAGUUUGGUUCACCUCACGCCCCGCGCCUUGUCUUUCAUCUUGCCAAGGGCAUUGUCGACGCGGUAGGCCAGGGUAUGGUUGGUGGCUCAGAGGUUGGGAAGAAGAAUAUUAUGCCUUCGGCUUACACUGGUGGUCGUCGAUACAUGUAUGAAAAUUUCCAAGAUGCUAUUGCUGUCUCGCGGGUUCAUGGGUCGCCGGAUGUCUUCACAACUUUCACGUGUAACCCAAAGUGGGAAGAAAUCCUUGAUUCUGUUGAGCCUGGCCAAACAGCGGCAUAUAGGGCUGACAUUGCUGUUAGGGUGUACCACAUGAAACUUGCUCAGUAUCUUCAUCGGAUUAAGAAAGGAAAUGCCUUUGGUCCUGUUGUUGCUGUCCUGCACACUAUUGAGUUUCAGAAUAGGGGGUUGCCGCACGCGCACAUCCUUGUUUGGCAAAAGAAGGAGGACGAUAGGGUUGUAACACCGGCUCUUAUAAAUUCUUAUAUCUCGGCUGAGAUCCCUGAUCCUGUACAGGAUCCUUUGGGAUAUGCCCUUGUCGCUGAGUUCAUGAUGCAUGGCCCUUGUGGCAUUGAUGGCCCAAAAUGCCCUUGCAUGAAAAAAGGGUUUUGCUCAAAAAAAUUCCCAAAAUCAUUUCAGGAUGAAACUUCUAUCGAUGAGAGUGGGUUUCCAUUAUAUAGGCGUCCUAACAAUGGUCGUUUCGUGAUGAAGAACAAUGUCAGGCUUGAUAAUAGACAUGUGGUUCCAUAUAACAUGCUUAUAUUAAAAAAGUGGCAGGCACAUAUUAAUGUUGAAUGGUGUAAUAAAACAUAUGUUAUCAAGUACCUAUAUAAAUAUGUUACUAAAGGGCCAGACAAAUCAAAAACUCUGUUUGAGAAUAUUAGACGUGACGGCGACCAGGAUGUUGAUGAGAUUAAAGAGUAUAGAGAGUGCCGUUACAUAGUUGAUUAUGAUUCUUUUUGGAGGGUUUACGGCUAUGAUAUACAUGGUAAAACACCAUCUGUUGAGAGAUUACCUGUCCAUCUCCUGAACAUGCAUAUUGUGCGCUUUCGUGCACAUACUGCUCUGAAUUCAGUGAUUAAUGAUGCCUGGCUGCAAAAAACAAUGCUAACGGAAUGGUUUGUAGCGAACAACCUUUAUCCUGCGGCUAGAUCCUUAACUUACUGUGAUUUCCCUACUAGGUGGUCAUGGAUAGCUGAGGACAAAAGAUGGAAACCUAGGACAAGAAGCGAUAGAAUUGGUAGGAUAUACUCUGUGCAUCCGGCGUGCGGAGAACUUUUUUAUUUUAGAAUGUUGCUUAUGAUUGUGAAAGGAGCGAGAUGCUACGAGGAUGUCAGGACUUACAAUGGCAUUGUAUACUCGACGUUCAGAGAAGCAUGUGGGGCGAGAGGGUUACUUGGCGAUGACAUGGAGUGGUAUAGUGCUUUUGACGAAGCUGUCAAAUGGGGUAUGGGGAACCAAUUACGCCAGUUAUUUGUUACUAUGAUUCUUCACUGUGCUGUUAAUGAUGAAGCUCUCUUCUUUGAAAAAUAUGAGGAUUACUUGUCUGAUGACAUUCGGUAUAAAAUUCAGCAGUCUAGAAAUAAUUUUACAUAUGUUGUUCCUCCUGUUUCAUUAAGAGACAUGCUGCUUGAUGAAUUGACUGCUAUAUUUGCUAAGAAUAGUGCAUGCAUCCUAGAUCACAAAUUGCCCUUGAAAUCUACAUGCCAUGAUACUUCUGUGCAAACUGAUAUGCUUGCUGAUGCACUGGAUGUUGAUGUUGUUGAUCUUCUAAAAAAGGCAGAGGUAAUGUAUAAUAGAUUGAAUAAAGACCAGUUGCAUGCUUACUCUGCUAUAAUUGAUCGCAUUAAGUCUGGGAAACCUGGUUUCUUCUUUGUCUCUGGGUAUGGUGGUACUGGGAAAACAUUCCUCUGGAAUGCGCUGGAUGCUUAUCUUAGAGGUAGUAAGAGAGUGGUGUUGUCGGUUGCAUCCUCGGGGGUUGCUGCCUUGCUUUUGCCUGCUGGCAGAACAGCCCAUUCUAGGUUCAAAAUACCUAUUGAUCUACCUGAACAUGGCACCUGUGAAAUUAAACGGUCUACCAUGCUCUCCACUCUAAUUGAAUCGGCUGAUCUUAUUAUAUGGGAUGAGGCACUGAUGUCCCAUCGGAAAUGCUUUGAGGCCCUAGACCGAUCAUUUCGUGAUGUACUGUCGGCUAACGAUCCUAAUUUAGCUAAAAUUCCUUUUGGCGGCAAGGUUGUUGUGUUGGGUGGAGAUCUUAGACAAAUAUUACCUGUCAUUGAGGGCGGGUCUCGAGCGCAGAUUCUUGCUGCUGCAAUCACUAAUUCUCCUCUCUGA